CGACUUCACACUCGUGCGCCAUUAAAAACGCGAAAUGACAAGGUUACCGCAGCAAACACGGAAGCAGAGCGCAUUUCACUUGAAAGCAGGAGUGUUCCCGUCCGCAUGUUGCAAGGCUUACAUUUCAGUAAAUGCAGUAUGUAAUGUGUAAAUUAAAUUAGAGUAGGCACAAGAUAUCUGAAAAUCUGUAGACAGCUGAAUUUAUUCUUGAACAAGGACAGAAACUACAGUAACAGUGAAGAGAGAGAGGCGGCGGUGGAAGAUGCCAAGACAGCGGCCCCCGGGAGCCGCAGCGAAGCACCUGCACCUGCGGCUAGCGACCACCGUCCUGUUGGCUGGCGUCUUCGCGCUCUGCCACUCGUUCAGCACCUACAAGACCAACAGGGUGAAGGCGCCGUACCCGGAAUUGCUGUCGGGGCUGGCGGCGAAGUGCCGGGUGUCGGACGGACGCCGACGGGAUCUGUUCCAAGAUGUGGUGCGAGUCAUGACGCUGAGGAGGCAGCCUGGACCAGACUUCGACAAGUGCUUGGCCUACUGCAUGAUGGCCAACAUGAAUAUGUUUCAUCCGCACGGGACGCUCAUGGAUGCAGCCAAUGCGGUGCGGGAGUUUGGGCCGUACUUCGACAACUACGAGCAGGAUAAAAUAACGCGGUGUGUUUUGGAAGUAAACAACAUGCUGCUAGGAAGAGGCGGGUAUGUCCGCUGCUUGAGGGCAACUGCGUUUCUGUCUUGCUUCAACAAGGGCGUUUUCCUACUGACGUGGGAGAACUUGCUGCUUGACGAAGCUUCCAGAUGUAGGAAGAAGCUUCAAAUGAAUGAUACAUUGGAGCUGAUUGUGGUCGAUUACAUUUUUCAUCGCAGAACACCUGAUGAUAACUUCCCAGAGUGUAUCCUUCAGUGCAUGUUCAGAGAACUCAGGAUGUUCAAGAACGAAUCCGCUGAUCUUCUCUCGACAGAAAACACCCUCGAUAGUAUAGGAUACUAUUUCGAAGAAGCGGACAAACGCAAAAUUAUCUGCUGCAUCAAAGAAGCUAACGGCAUAGUCAAGUCGCGGUUUAUGAAACCAAACUGCAUGUCGUCGAGAUUAUUCUUGGAAUGUUUCAACACUCCGCCCGUCUACACUCCGUUCGGAGUUUCUUCGUCUCGUUUGAACGUAAGAAACAUGACCGGAUCAUUCGGGACGACUGCCGUGGUGGAAGAACAUGAAGAGGUCACCAAAAGUUCCUGCUGAGUCACUUAGACGCCACACAACGGACGAGGUGGAAGUUUUCAAGUCCUGAUUCUUUUCCGAUCAAGAUACUAGUGAAAUAUUCUUGAAUGGGAUGCAACAUUUCGUUAAGUCAACCAUAUCAGUUACGCCAUCUCUUAGACCAAACUUUUGUGCAAUUUGGGUAGAUCCCAACGAUUUUUUUUAUCUCAGCAAAUUUUAUCUGCGUCACAAUAAACGGAAAUUCAAGCUAGCCCUCUAGCUCUCUCUUAAAAUUCCCAUUGCCAAUACCAUUGGACCUCGAAAUCACAAGCAAUCCAAGGAAUUGCUGUGCUGAAAUUUGCAGUGGGCUCAGUAAUGUCAACCUUGAAGUCGUUUGCAACCAAGCGGUUUAAUAAGGUCAUGUUGCAUUUUGUGCCAAGGGCGGCUCCAGGAUUAAUUUUUGGGUAGGCCCGGACUGUACCACUGGGGCAUAUGCACAACGCUUUUAAUCCUCUGACAAUCGACUAGUGCAGCUAAACCAUAGUUACAAACACAUCCGUCCUGUUUGACGAAAGUUAGAUGGACGAACUCAGAGAUGCCCACAUUCCCCUCCCCUUUUCCGAAAAUAUCCAGAUACUUAUCUAGGAUUUUUAAUUUGUGUCCAAUCACGUAUCCGGGUGUUCUAACCAAGGAAAUUUUAUAAUUUAAUUUCCAAAAAUAUAACACUAAAAUAUUAAGCGAAAUAUUGCACUCAAGAUAAUUUUGUGUUUAUAUAUAAGUGAUAGUUUUAAAUUUUGCGUUUAUAUAUUUUUUUCUUAUUCCACUUCGAGUGUUUGAACAUCCCCCCCCCCCUUUUUCCCAUUUUAUUUCAAUGCACCAUUCGCCCCCUAGGGGGCGGCCACGGACGGACGGACAGAAAAUGUUUCGGGCCAUCCGAUCGGCUGCAGGUAGGUCAGCAUCGCAACUCCAGCUUUUAGCUGUCUGUAAAUGAAAUGAGCUUCGCCCUGAUGAACAAGUUUAAUCCACGGGAUUGAUUGUUGUCCGGUGCCCGCUACGGCUUCCAGCGGAUCACCCUGACGAGCGUGGCGGCGUGGCGGGCCACGGCCUCGUCCUCCAGGCCCCCCAUGUGCUCCAGCUCGGUGAUGUGGCGCCGCAACAGGUAGCUCCUGCCCUCGGGGACCUCCGCCAGGUUGGUCGCCACCUUAUCACGGACCACACAUAACUUAGAACUGUCAUAACUUGGAAAAACUUGGAAAAAUCCACGUAACUUAGAAACACACAACGCAAACCCACACAACUUUGAAACGUCAUAACGUAGAAAGUCACAACUUAGAACUGUCAUAAUGUAGAAACACACAACUUAGAACUGUCAUAACGUAGAAACACACAACUUAGAACUGUCAUAGCUUAGAAACACGCAACGCAGAACCACACAACUUAGAAACGUCAUAACGUAGAAAGUCAUAACUUAGAACUGUCAUAACUUAGAAUUUUCUUAGAAAAUUCUAGUUAUGUGUUUCUAAGUUGUGUGUUUCUAAGUUGUGUGUUUCUAAGUUGUGUGUUUCUAAGUUGUGUGUUUCUAAGUUGUGUGUUUCUAAGUUAUGACAGCACCCCGCCACCUGCCACACGCCGUCCGCGCGCGCCCCUCAGCACGGCCCUCACAUUCCAUCACGGGCCCUGUACCCAGGGCGGGGCCAUCUACAUUACAAUUGCAUUGGCCAUUUCUUACCUGCACUCUUUUCCAGAAUGUUAUCCAACCUGAAAAUACAGGGGUAUAAUCAUGGUUACUGUUUUAUAAGCCCAAACUAAGCUUUACUUAUAAAAUUAUUUUCUUUAAAAUAACCACAGCGAGUUUUUUUUAAUAUUUAUUUCACACGCUGAGAUAAAAAUGACCAGGGUUGGGCCCGGGCCCUGGACCCAGGGGCUCACCCAGCCCCACCCUUGUAGGGGGCCAUGCCCCCCUAUGCCGGCUUGCACUGUCGUGACUUGGGGAAGCCUUCUUUUCACAGACGAGAGAGCCAAACGCUUGAUCGUGCAUCUUCGGUUUUUUUUUUGUUCAUUAUAAAUAAAUAUGGCAGUGUUGAUAAAAGGAUACUAAUGGUCAAUUAGGUUAGGUUAGCUACAUUAUAAAUACUUUAAAACAUUGUGGACGGUUGAUUUAGUUAGGAUAUCUACAUUAAAGAUACGGAAAAAAAGCAUGAACUUCGGGGAACUUCGGGUUUUGGCUCUCUCGUCUGUGAAAAGAAGGCUUCCCUCGUGACUUGGGGCAAAGGAAAGUUACUUCUCCAUUUGUUUUUUUUUUUUUUUUUUAAUUUUUUUUCCGUACUGCUUUUCCCUAUGCUUCCAGGUAUAUUUUGUCGUGUAUUGUUUGUUUAUGUAUGCUUCUGGUAUCCCUCUUUGUAUUGUAUCCGUGUCAUGAUCUGCAGAAAGAAACUGUCUAUUAUUGCAGUUAGUGUGUGUGUAAAUUGUUUAUUGUAUGUUAAUGUUAUGGUAUUAUUUCUUGGCUCACCACCAUAUGUGUUAUCUUCCCGCAAUAAAAGAAUUUAUGAAAACGAAAAAAAAAAGUUUCUCCAGUUUCUCCAUUUGAUUAUCCUGCAAAGUUUUUGCUUAGAUUAUACUUAACUGACUCUGCAAAGAUUACUUAGGCCGGUUUGCACAGUCGUGACUUGAGGCAAAGGUAAGUACGUCUCCAUUUGAUUAACCUGCGAAAUUUUUGCUUAUAUAUUACUUACCUGAAUUUGCAAGAGACCCUUAGAUAGAGGUGGGUCGCAAAGUAACAUCCUGAUACUUUGUAACUGAUACGCGCCUGUAUCAGGAACGGAAAACGAGUACACUAUUCAAGUAUCAAGUACUUACUUUAGUAUCAAUUCAGAAUUCGCCUGGAACAACACCACGGCCAAUGUGCGCAGAACCCGAUCGCAGAUGACGGUCACUUGGGCGGAGCUAACGAGAAUGCUGAUACCUUGUCGCUUCCUGGGACCGAUACUGCUCUAGCUGAUACAGAAGUAUUAGAUACUUGUAACUAGUACAUUACUGUAUCAGUAUCAGGUUGGAACAGAUUGUACCGAAAAUUGCUGUAACAACCCACCUCUACCCUUAGAAAAUAUUUGAGGUUAGUAGCAUGGCUACUGGCCUUAAGAUUGGGAUAAGACCAACUUUAAAGGUUAAAAAAUAACUACCUGGCACGACGGAGUGGCGUAGCGUCACGGGAGGAAAUACAUUACUGUAGCCAACUAUGGUUUGUCCUAGAACAAUCUCCCUGUAAUCUUAAGUAGAUAAAUUGCUAUAAUUUUAUAGUUAUGUAUUCCCUUGUUUGCAUACGUUAUUUUAAAUCCUGGAAGGAAGGGUCCGCGCCACAUGAUCCCCCUCCCAUUCUAGCUACGUAUUUGACCCCCGCGCCAGAUUUACGAGAGAGAAAAAAAGCUGCUCGUGAUUUUUAUACCUACAAGAAACUUUGAUAAACUAAACAUUCCUGAAUAAAUUUUUUUAUAUUUUAUUCAGGCCUUUACGGUUGUCUCUCUGGCGUCACAAAGAUUAAUAGCAUGCAUUAAAAGGUUGAAAAAAUAAAGCGAGUCAAUAAUAAUGAUCACGUAAAAAUGCAUAUCACAUAAAAACCUGAUAAGUUUUUUUUUAUAAGAGAAACGUGGUGCUUAAGGCCGUGCGCAGAAGUUGUUACGUCUUGAGUACGGGCGUAAUCAAAGGGGCACGCGUGAACUUCUAUGCCGGUGGACCGGGAGCGUUCCGUCAGUCAUUGGUCGGUAUUUGCACCGUGGGAAUGGUUUGAAGUCACUAUUUAGCGAUGAAACCCUAAUUCACGCUAAUUAACCAUCGUCGGGUAUGGUCAAGCACCACACAGGAAAUAUUUUUUUAAUGUAUUUGUACAAAGUGACGCCGACCGCCAAUGCUCCUCUGUCGCAUAGACCGCUAUGCCUCAUCAACGUCUCGCAAAAGCGUGUGCACCGAACGCGCCCGUGCGCGCAGCAAAGUGCAGUUCGUGCGACGAGGCGAACGCCAUACAACGAGUGCUACACCGGCGCAAGGAUCCGGCCGGGUGUGGCAUAUCCUUCCGCCGCACUACAACAAAUUGUUAUAAUUAUGUUUUUCCACAGGAUUUUAUUGAACAUUAUUUUUCAGUAAUUAAUAAUUAAGUCUUUGCUAAAUCAUGUUUCACUGUGCGAUUUGUCCCGAACCUGGCCGGUUCAGUUUCCCGCGAAAUUCACACGUUUCCGCGGGAGGGCUGGCGGGGGAGGGGGGUCGCGCGCGGCGACACCGCUAGUGUCCUUCGAGAGCUCAACCAGGCCGGCAGCCUGCGCGCAACGCGGAGCCUUCAACCUUUGCAUUCACCGACAUGUAGUUUUCCAUAGUGUAAUUUCUUUUCAACCUUUUGUACAGUUCCGCGGUCGGC